AUGAGGAGUGUAUCCAACCCCCCGGAUUAUUCUCGGCGCCAGGAGGAAGAGCGAACUGGCGUUGAAAUUGCAUCCAAAGUCCUUGGCAAAAACAAUAAACCUGGCCACGCGCCAUUCUACACUGGCGAUUCGCCUGGGUUUGGUGCUGUCUUUGACAUAUGCUCACCUUCAGAGCAGCCUCUAUCGAGGCAUAUCAUGCUCACUUCCAAGACAUCUGCCUCGCUGUCUCCCGAAGAUAAGGCAUACUUACAAUACAAAGGAGUCUUCAAUAUGCCCCGAAAAGAAACAUGCGAUGAACUUCUGCAGGCAUACUUUCAUCAUGUGCAUCCCAUUAUGCCGCAUCUUAAGGCAGAAACCUGGCAAUCAGAGGGCUUUUCGUCCAGGAAAGCGAUGAAGGAAACUAUGUAUUCUCGCGCAAAGUGCCUACAUAAUAAUGGGGGCGAAACAGACCACACAGUUCUCCUUCAAUCAGCGCUUCUUCUGGGAUUUUACCACUCCGAAGCUGAUACUUACACUCAACCAUGGUUUUGGCUUGGUGUUGCCAUUAGCCUUUGCCAAACGAUGGGUCUUCAUCGUUUUUCCGCUGCGGUGUGCGCAAGCUCACCAAUCACUGAAUCACAACAGCGUCUGUGGCGCCGCCUUUGGUGGACCUGCUUCUUUCGAGACCGUUGGCUAAGUCUCACAAUGGGCCGUCCAUUGAGAAUCAACAUAAAUGACUGCAAUACUGUACAACCAUCUGCCAAUGAUAUGCUGAAUGAUUUCGCCGAAUUACCCGAAUCUAUAACCGCAGCAUAUGUCCCAAAGGACCUGCCGCAACUAGCAGAAUAUUGGGUGAUGAUCAUUCAACUCACUCAGCUUUUGGGAGAAAGUCUCACCCUGUGUUACCAACCCUUUGGAAACACUUCGUCUUUCCAGCAAGUUGAGGCCCUCGAACAAAAGGUUCUGCGCUUUCAACUUCCCGAAUACCAGGAGACGGGACAAAGUCCACUUGCAACCUUUUACUUGUAUCACUUGCAGCUUCAUUACCAAGCUUUCGUAAUUACCUUUUACCGUCCUUUCAUCACAAAGGACCCGGAAGGUCUGCCUGCAUCUCGCCAGGAAGCAUGGCGAGCUCACGUCCGAAAUCAGAUCAAUGCGGCUGCGCUACAGACCAAUGCCAUCCUUGAUAAUCUAGCACACGAGAAGCUGUUGGAAUACUCAGGUCCUAUGACGCCACCCCUGAUAGUUCCAGCAAUGCACGUCCACCUCCUCAACUGCAAAUCUUCCGAUCCCGUUUCCCGACGUCUGGGUCUCAACAAAAUUGAGGUGUGCAUGAUAGUUCUGGAACAGAUGCAACACACACAUCCCUGCUCUUCGGUCUUCCGAGUUCUCCCUGAUUUUGCAUCUAAGUCAUCUCCACCUCAGGAUGAUUCUGCCGAUGAUCCUCUGGCAGGAAUAACAAUCGACGAAAAUGCCAUUGAUGCUUUGAUGGAUGAGGUAUCGAUUUUCAAUUUUUGGGAAUCCCUUAACAACAUGCAAACUUGA